GGCAGUGCUGCUGCUCAAAGCUCGCACUCCCAGGCCAACUCUUAACCAACUGAGCCACUCGUUUGGCCCCCCCCCAUUUGAGAACUUGAUUCCAGAUGUAGACAGAGUGUUACCAGUACGGAUUGGAGCCAGAAAACGUCUUUCGAGAUUUCACAGCAAUCCAAGGAUGAGACACUAUUGGUAUGCUGAUGAUUCCAAAACCUGUCGAAAUUCUAGACUUUCCUCCUGGGUUUCUGACCCAUUGAUCCAUCACCUUCCUGUACAUUCCCUCGUGGACGCCCCACAGGAAUUCAAGGUGCUGCAGGAUGUGGCUGUGAAUGAAUCACAAAAGGAUGCUGGGCACUGGAUCUGCACUCAGUGGGAUCUCUGCAAGGAAGAGAUGCUAGCGGAGGGGGCCCAGCUGGUCCCACUGGAUUCUGAGACCAGGAAUAAGAUGAACUGGAAGUCAAAGAUGGAAAUUUCUGGAGAUAAAGAUUCAGCGAGGGCUGUAUCAGGAAGACUCCAAAGGCAGAUCUUCCAGGAAUGUGGAUUAGUCGAAACCAGUGAUCCUGAGGAUGGGUUAUUGAGGCAGUGGGUAAGCCCCUUUGAGGAUGCAGUGAGACAGCCCCCUUCCCAAGAGAGAGGUAUCAGGGAAGUGAAUCUCAUGCCCAAGAAAGCCAUUGCAAGAGAGAGUGGCCAUGGAUGUAAUAAUGAAGGAAGAAAAAUACUUUCUGCUGGAGAGAGAUCCCACAGUUAUGAGGUCUGUGGCCAGAGCUUCAAACAGAAGUCAGAAGUAACUGAACAUCAGAAAACUGAUAAUAACAAGAAAACUUAUGAAUGUAAGGAAUGUGGAAAAACUUUCAAUCGGAGCUCAAACCUGAUUAUACAUCAAAGAAUUCAUACAGGAAAGAAACCAUAUGUAUGUAACGAAUGUGGGAAAGACUUUAAUCAAAGUUCAAAUCUUAUUAUACAUCAGAGAAUUCAUACAGGAAAGAAACCUUAUAUAUGUCAUGAGUGUGGGAAAGACUUCAAUCAGAGUUCUAAUCUGGUUAGACAUAAGAGAAUUCAUAGCACGGAGAAUCCCUAUGAAUGUAAAGAGUGUGGGAAGGCCUUCAAGGGAAGCUCAAACCUUGUCCUACACCAGAGAAUUCAUAGUGGAGGGAAGCCAUAUAUAUGUGAUGAAUGUGGGAAGGCCUUUAACCAAAGCUCAGAUCUUAUAAUACAUCACAGAAUUCACACGGGAGAGAAACCCUAUGAAUGUUAUGAAUGUGGACAAACGUUCAGUCAAAGUUCACACCUUGUCACACAUCAGCGAAUUCAUAGUGGAGAGAAACCCUUCAAAUGUAAUGAAUGUGAAAAGGCCUUCCGGCAGCGUUCACGCCUUACCGAACACCAGAGACUCCACAGUGGAGAGAAACCCCAUGAAUGCUGUGAAUGUGGGAAAUCCUUCAGUGGGCGCACAGCUUUUCUUAAACACCAGAGACUGCAUACUGGAAAGGAACUUGAAUGUGAAAAAGCCUGCACUUCUGACUUGGAUCUUAUCAAACAACAGAGAAUUCAUAGGGAAGAAAAACCUUAUCAAUGUACUGAGUGUGGAAAAACUUUCCGGGGAAGUUCAGAUCUAAUUCGGCAUUGGAUAAUUCAUACUGGAGAGAAACCCUAUGAAUGUAGUGAAUGUGGUAAAGCCUUUAGCCAGAGAUCACACCUUGUUACACAUCAGAAAAUUCAUACUGGAGAGAAACCCUAUCAGUGCAAUGAAUGUGGGAAAGCCUUCCGGCAGCGCUCACUCCUUAUUCAGCAUCAGAGAAUCCACAGUGGUGAGAAGCCCUAUGAAUGUAAGGAGUGUGGAAAACCCUUCAUCUGGCGCACAGCUUUUCUCAAACAUCAGAGACUUCACACUGGAGAGAAACUUGAAGAAUGUCAGAAAACAUUCAGCAAGGAUGAGUUGUUUAGAAAAGAGCAGGGAAUUCACCAAGAAGAGAAAGCUUAUCCAUGUAAUCAUUGUGGCAGAACUUUCCAAGGCAGCUCAGACCUCAUCAGGCAUCAUGUAAUUCACAAAGGAGAGAAACCAUAUGAAUGUAAAGAAUGUGGGAAAACUUUCAAUCAGAGCUCAGACCUUAUGAGACAUCAUAGAAUUCAUAGUGGAGAAAAACCUUAUGUAUGCAAUAAAUGUGGGAAAUCUUUUAGGGGCAGCUCAGAUCUUAUUAAACACCAUCGUGUUCAUACUGGAGAGAAACCCUAUGAAUGCCUUGAAUGUGGGAAGGCCUUCAGUCAGAACUCACACCUUAUUAGUCACCAGAGAAUUCACACUGGAAGAAACCCUUUGAAUGUAGCAACUGUGGGAAGGCCUUCAGUGGGCGCACAGCUGUUCUUAAACAUCAGAAACUUCACACUGGAAAGGAACUUGGGGGAUGUGAGACAGUCUUCAAACAGGACUCAUUCUAAUAGGUACCAGAAACCUAAUAGAUGUAGGAAGAGCCUGGUGGAGACCACCUCUUAUUGCACUAUAGAGGAUUUUUUUAUUGAAAACCAUUUGAAGGUAGGAAAACAUUAGAAGAGUCCUGCUGGGUGGAAAACAUGUAAGUGUAAUCAGGUAGAAAAGCUCUUGGACAUAAUAGCCUUUUCUGCCUCAGAAUUGACACUGGAGUACAGUCCCUAGGAUAUAAUUAAUUACUUGAGAAUGUUUUAGGUGACUUCUAUUGUUACUAAAAUCAUUAGAAAUCACUCAGGCAACAACCUCAAAUACUAAGUUUUUCAUGGAAGGAGCCCAUUCAGUCUUGACUACCUAGUCCAGUGACAAGUAUAAAUCUGUGUUAAGUCCUUUAGGGUGAUUAAAUCUUUCUCUGGGAUGAAUUCUUCCCCUUAGAAGUGUGUUUUACACAUAUUCUCUUUUAUUCUUCCUUAUAAAAAUAGGCUUAUGCAUAUGUGAAAAGUGCUAAUUGGAAUGAUCUAUCAAUUGAGAGAAAACAAAAAAUAAUAGAAAUGACUUGACAAUAGGUCACUGAAGGCCAGGACACAAGAGCCAAGUGAGGAGUUUCCCCUGAGAAAGAGUAGUGACUACUAGUAGUAUCAGGAAAUGAAUGAGAAAGGGACAGGAGAACAGUAGGUUUGGGAAUAGAAUUAGACAGAGUGCCAGAGCCGAGCAUUUAGGUGACAUGAGUUGGUGGGAAUUAGAAAAAAAGCAUCUACUGUAAAAGGUCAAGUGAUUAUAGGGAGAGUAGUUUUGUCUUGAACCAGGGCUUUGUAAUUCGGCACAGCUUAUUUGAGAAUUGGAGAGUCUAAAUAGAACUCUGGGGAAAGGUCAGUCAUCAUCAUUUAAGCUGAUAACUAAUUUGGUAAUUAGGCCCUGUCUAACUGUGCAAUCAAACUCAAUUGUCAAAUAUUUCUUGUACUCUGAACUACUGGCAGAUUGCAUAUGAAUUUACAUAAGUCAUCAGAUAAGAAAGUUAAUGAAAGGGACAAUGUAAGGCAAGGAGAAUUUCAACUUCAUAUCUUUCCUUAGUGGGAGCAGCGCGUGAGAUGGAGGGGAUCGGUGGUUCUCAACUGGUGUGAUUUUUGCCCCCAAGGGACAUUUGACAAUGUCCAGAGAUAUUUUGGUUGUCACAACUCAGAAAAAAAUAUUGGCAUCUGAAGACCAGCAAUGUUACUAAAUAUCUUAACAAUACACAGCCCCCUCUACCCCUACACACAUAUACAACAAAGAAUUAUCUGGCCCCAAGAGUAUGUCAUGGUUGAGAAACCCUGCUCAUGAAAAUUUAGAACACCAGUCACCUGGGGCCAUUUAAGCAAGUGUUUCAAUGUGAUAUGAGCAGUGGCAGUGCAUCCCCGGAGGAACCCAGAGUCUGAUAUAAACCUUUAGUUUGAUUGUUUAGAGACGCAGUCUGCUGUAUCGGAGGGAGUACAGACAUGAGUUUGAAUCCCAGUAUGACGUAUUGGCUUCAUGACUGGAGCAAAUUAUAUAACCCCUCUGGUCUUUAUUUUCCUCAUUAAUGAAAUAGUGAUAACAUAAUCUACCUCAUGGGGGUAAUUGUGAGGUUUAAAUGAGAAAACUGAAAUUUACUGUUGACACAUAGGAAGGCAUCUGGAGCUGUCAUCAUUCUAAAACAGAAUAUGAAGUAUUUACAAGAUGAAUCGAAGAUGUAUGAGAUACAGUGCUGUCUUGUGGCUGGUAUAAAAAAUAUGACCUGUUAAAGUUCAAAGCACUGGGGGCUGUGGCUUCCCCAGAGGGACAUCCUGAACAGUGGUGGGAUGUCUUGAAGUGAAAAAGCCCACCCACACUACCCCUGAAAGCUGGCUGCUUGUGGAUGAUGUGGUACAGAUGUCUGCCUACCCCCAUCACCUGCUUCAGAGGUUUAAGCUCUUUAGUAUAAUCUCACAUAAAUGAAUAUUUUUACAUGAGAAGAUCUUUAAAUAAAUAUAUUCGGGAAGCAAAAGGAAUUCAAAAUAGCUAUCAUCAGUGAUACACUUGGAUUAACAAUUAAAGAUACUUAAAUUUUUUUAGUUAUCCCAGAUCCUAACUAAUCAAAACCAUUAUAGCUAACAGGAACAUUUUAGCAUUCUAUUUUUGUAAAAGAAAGGAAUUGGGAGUUUAUUCUAGUAAGCCCAUCUCCAUGUCCUUUCCCUGCAUUUGCAGUGCUGUACAGAGAGUGAUGCUUGUAAGGGUAAACAAGAUAUUGAAAAGGACUUGAAGGUAAUUUAAUGCAGUAGUUUCCAACUAUCUAAACGAGGCCCUCUCUUUUACUCUCCUGUGCUCUGUGUUUUAAAAGCUUUUGCUUACCAAGCUGCAUUUAUUAAAGAUGGAUUAGUUCUUUUUUUGUUGUUAUUCAAAUGCAUGGCAUAUAACCACCAAUCAUGCUUCUGAGGAUUGGCAUGACAUAACUUAGGUAUUAAAAUGCCACUCCAAAUCAAACUACUUAACAUUUUCAUUAGUCUCUUUUUCCCUUUUGUGGUCAAAUACAUAAUUUCCUUUGGGCUUUUUAGAAUAUUAACUAUUGCUUGAAGACCUCAGAUUGAAAACUAAUCUUUUCAUUUCAUCCUUGAUAGAGCUUGAAUCAUAUUGAGUGUAUCGGACUUUUGAAAGCAGGGGGAAAUUUUUGUUCCAGUAUGGAAAUGCUUUCAACUGUGAAUGUUGAAAUAAAAGUUAUGUAAAAAAUA